ACGCUUUGCUUUCCACGAUUUCCCAAACAACAAACUGCCUUCUCUACUUUUUCCCUCCCUUUUCCAAUUUCAAUGAACAGCUUCCGCCGCUCUCCGCCGUCUCCCUCCGCCCUCAAAUGGCUCGGCUUAGUUACCGCCAUCUGGGUCCAAUCCAUCUCUGGUAACAACUACACCUUCUCUAACUACUCCGCCGCUCUUAAAUCCCUCAUGAAUCUCUCUCAGCUUCAACUCAACAAUCUCUCCGUCGCCAAAGACCUCGGAAAAGCAUUCGGUCUCCUCGCCGGCCUCGCCUCCGACCGCCUCUCCACUUCUCUCCUCCUCCUCAUCGGCUCCAUUGAAGGCCUUAUUGGCUACGGCGCUCAAUGGCUCGUUGUCAGUCAAAAAAUCAAACCCCUCCCUUACUGGCAGAUGUGUAUCUUUCUGUGUAUGGGAGGGAAUAGCACGACUUGGAUGAAUACCGGCGUGCUUGUUACUUGCUUAAGAAACUUCCGAAAAAACAGAGGAACUGUUUCUGGUAUUCUCAAAGGCUACAUCGCUCUCAGUACCGCCAUUUUUACAGAUUUUUGUUCCGCUCUUUUCUCUGAUAAUCCCUCUUCUUUUCUCGCCCUUCUCUCCCUUGUCCCCUUCGCCGUUUGCCUUGCUGCUAUUCUCUUCCUUCGUGAAGUCCCCCGUUCCGCCGAUGAUGAAACAGAGGAGUUCAAAUACUUCUGGGUACUCAACGCCGUUUCCGUCGCCGUUGCCGUCACUCUCUUGGUAUUUGAUUCGAUUCCAAAUCCCAACUCAUUCCUAUCGAGAAUCUUCUGCAUCGUUUUGCUGAGUUUGCUGGUUUCACCUCUGGUAAUCCCACUUCACUCGUUCUUGAAAAACAAGGGUGGGUCUGGUGAGGUUGCAGAGGCGCUAUUGGCGGGUGAGAGUGGAGCGGAUAAUGCAGUGGAGGGUAAGCCAGUGAUCGGAGAAGAUCACACGAUUGUUGAGGCGAUGAAGACGUUUGAAUUUUGGAUUAUGUUUGUGUCGUUUUUGUGUGGAGUGGGUACGGGAUUGGCAGUGAUGAACAAUAUGGGACAGAUUGGAUUGGCUCUUGGGUAUGACGACGUUUCGAUCUUCAUAUCGUUGAUGAGCAUUUGGGGGUUUUUUGGCCGGAUUCUAUCGGGAUCGGCAUCGGAGCAUUUCAUCAAGAAAGCAGGAAUGCCAAGGCCACUAUGGAAUGCAGCUUCCCAAAUUCUAAUGGCACUUGGCUACAUUCUCUUAGCCAUUGCCAUCCCCGGUUCCUUAUACAUUGGCUCCAUCGUAGUCGGUAUUUGCUACGGUGUCCGUCUCGCCAUCACCGUCCCGAUGGCCUCUGAAGUCUUUGGUCUCAAGAACUACGGCAUGAUCUACAACGUUCUAAUCCUCAACCUCCCUCUUGGUUCGUUCCUCUUCUCAGGGCUCUUGGCCGGGAUACUCUAUGACAUGGAGGCAACAACGACGAAGACGGGCGGCAAUACGUGCGUGGGUGCGCAUUGUUAUAGGCUUGUGUUUGUUGUAAUGGCUUGUUCAUGUGCGAUAGGGUUUGCCAUGGACUCAUUUUUGGCCUUUAGAACCAAAAGACUGUACUCCAAAAUGAGGGCUCUAAAGAGAUGAAGGUGACAAGGUCAUUGGUCUUUACAGGCUUACAGCAAUGUCUUUGUUUAUUGUUAUUAUUAUUAUUUUGUUUUUCCUUAAUUCUUGAAGUCUUAAACAGUUAAUCAUUACUGUUUUGGAAAAUAUUAUGUUAUGUAGACUACAAAUAAAAAGGUUGAGAGAGUCUGAAUAUUCCCUCUACUUUUUGGAAGAUUAAAUUACCAUUAUAUUUUUUAA